GAGAGCAGAGCAGGAGUGGUGUCCAGCACUCGGGAUUGUGGUGUUUGGAGGUGGUUUUGGUGCUGGAAACGUGGCCUCAGGACACCUCUGACACUCCUUUUCUCCCUCCAGAAAUCGUGCGGGCGAUGACACAUGUGAUCAACCAGGGCAUGGCCAUGUACUGGGGCACGUCCCGCUGGAGCGCCAUGGAGAUCAUGGAGGCUUACUCCGUGGCCAGGCAGUUCAACAUGAUCCCACCCGUGUGUGAGCAGGCCGAGUAUCACCUGUUCCAGAGGGAGAAGGUGGAGGUGCAGCUGCCAGAAUUGUAUCACAAAAUUGGUGAGUCUCAGCCUGCUGGCCCUUUUGCCUGGGGCAUUCCCAGAGAGAAAUGGACAGAAGGAUCACCUGGGGCUCCAGGUGGGACCAGUGACAAAGCCAA